GUGAAAGAGAGUGUGGGGAAGGGAAUAAUGCGACGGUUUCGUAGGUUGUAGAAGUCCCAUCAACACACAAAUUUGUCUACUUUAUCCUAUAUAAGGUUCAUAUCUAGACACAACUUUGUGUCUACGUCUUGAAGAGUCUCUCCGAUUAUAUCGUAAAACCCUAAUUUUUCACUCUCCUCGAAUUUUCCCGAGUAAAGAAAAACUUUCCGAGCUACCAAACAUGGCAAGCCACUCCCCGAAUCUCGAGUGCCGCAUGUACGAGGCUAAGUAUCCGGAGGUGGACAUGGCCGUAAUGAUCCAAGUGAAGAACAUCGCCGAUAUGGGCGCUUAUGUGUCCCUUUUAGAAUACAACAACAUUGAAGGUAUGAUCCUUUUCUCGGAGCUUUCUCGCCGCCGGAUUCGUAGCGUUAGUAGCCUCAUCAAGGUCGGGCGCAUCGAGCCCGUGAUGGUGCUGCGUGUUGAUAAGGAAAAAGGCUACAUUGAUUUGAGUAAAAGAAGGGUUAGCGAAGAGGAUAUACAGGCCUGUGAAGAGAGGUACAAUAAGAGCAAGCUCGUUCACUCUAUCAUGCGGCACGUGGCUGAGACUUUGAGCAUCGAUUUGGAGGAUCUUUAUAUCCAUAUUGGCUGGCCCUUGUACCGCAAGUAUGGUCAUGCUUUUGAGGCAUUCAAAAUCAUUGUUACUGACCCUGAUUCCGUUUUGAAUACCCUCACCCGUGAAGUCAAAGAAACUGGCCCUGAUGGACAGGAGAUCACUAAGGUGGUUCCUGCCGUGACUGAAGAGGUGAAAGAUGCUUUAGUAAAGAAUAUUAGGAGAAGAAUGACCCCACAACCAUUGAAGAUUCGAGCUGAUAUUGAAAUGAAGUGCUUCCAGUUUGAUGGUGUUCUUCACAUUAAGGAUGCCAUGCGAAAAGCUGAGGCUGCUGGGAAUAAUGAUUGUCCUGUAAAAAUCAAAUUGGUUGCACCUCCACUUUAUGUCCUCACCACUCAGACCCUUGACAAGGAGCAAGGGAUCUCAGUUCUUACUAAAGCAAUUGUUGCUUGUACUGAAGCAAUAGAGAAGCACAAGGGAAAGCUUGUUGUGAAAGAAGAACCAAGAGCGGUGAGUGAAAGAGAUGACAAAUUGCUUGCUGAGCACAUGGCUAAGCUACACCAACAAAACGAGGAGGUAAGUGGUGACGAAGAUAGCGAAGAAGAGGAAGACACAGGAAUGGGAGAAGUCGAUUUGGAAAAUUCUGGUCCUGGGAUUACAGAGUGACAAAUACAUUAAUUUUUUGUUUUUUUGGUCGAUUAAACAAGCUUUUUGCGCAUGUAUGGAACCCAUAUCAAAACAAUCGUCUUGUUGAGUCUUUUUGCCAGUUUAUGAAAUGAUCUUAGAGUAAGAGUAAGGAGGGGAUUCAGGAAACCUCAUUAUUUAAUCAUUUAAGAGUUCAAUCUUAAUGUUUGCCA